AUGGACCUAGAUGACGUUCCUGAUUGGUUUUUUCGUCAGGUUUUAAAGGGGAACAGAAAUGCUACAGAUGACGAUAUUAUUAAGGCAUAUCUAGAGCAACAAGCAACGAGCAGUUCACGCUUUCCGGUGACAGCCAGCACGGUUCUUGAUAAAGCUUUCAAAGUCCCGUUUCAACAAGAUGUGAACUAUUUGGCCAAGCUGGACCAGCAAAUUCAUGCAGUUGCCAAUGGUGGUAAUGAAUUUUACAACUAUUUGGCUAUUGUACAGUCCUCAGGAUAUGGAAAAACCAGAGCUGCCCUUGAGCUAGCUAAAACACAUCCCCUUAUAUAUAUAUGUCUCCGCAAGGAGGGCUCAACUGGAUACCCACCUGCAACUCCGCAGAGAAAAAAUUGGCAAGAAAACUUGCUGAACAACCUGCAAACACAGCAUGAGUUUUGGAACUCUGUCAGUCAAAAUCGUGAUAAUAACAAAUGUUUAAGGAGUGUAAAUGAGAAGAUAAUCCUUUACUUUGAUGAGGCAUCUGCUCUUCUUGGUACUGGUUCUCAAGAGAAGAAUCAGGCUUUCAGAGCCAUUCGUCGGGCACUAUGGGAAUGCAAGCAUGUGGCUAUAGGUAUCUUCACUGAUACUAAUUCAUCAGUUGCGAACUUGGUACCUUCAAAAGAACAUGAUCCUUCGACAAGAGAUACAAAUCGGGAUCUUCAUAAACCAUUCAUCUAUAUUAAUAUAGCAACAAUGGAUUGUUUACAUAAUUCUAUCCCCCAUCUGGAAAAAAUCAAUCCAGCUUAUGAUAUUGUUCGGUUUGGUAGGCCACUCUGGGGCUCUCAAUGGUCAGGUCAAACUGCUGAAACUGACCAAGGCAGAUUUGAUGAAAUAUUACAUCUUGCAAAAUCCAAGCUUACUGGGGGAGUACUUAAGUGGAGUGAAAUCCAGGAAGAUACUAUCAGACAAAGAGUUGCCCUUGCUUUGCUUGCUUGCACAGCUGCACUUUAUGUUUCUCCAACAUCAAGUGUUGCACCUGAACUUGUAAAAUCACAUAUGGCUACACUGGUAGCUGUUGAUGAUGAAUGUGAGCGGCACCUUAUUACUUACCCAUCAGAGCCUUUACUGCCUGAAGCCUCAAUGGAACUGUUAUCAGAAAAAGGUGUGGAAAUUGUGGUGCUAAAGGAAUUAGAAGCAGUGUACAAAUCUGGGGGCAUUCUCAAUGCAGGUGAUCAAGGGGAGUUGGCAGUGAAGUUGUUGCUUUUGGGAGCUUGGCGCUGCCUCAUUUGCUCUGAGAGACACACCAACAAAAGGGUUUUAUUCUCUGCUCGCCAACCAGUUAUGGCAUUUCUUCAUGAACUUCUUAAUCCAGAUGGACUUUCUAGA